CGUCGUGCAGUCGUCGCGUCUUUAUCCCUUCCACGGUCGGCCGAGCGAAAAGUCACCCUCGGCAGCUACCGGUCGCGCGUAUACACACAACUGAUCGCGCCUCCGACUCAAGUUUACUCCGCGCGCGAUUCACGCGUGGCGACGCGAGGCGCGCGUGAAACCGGAGCGGGCUGCGAUCAACGCGACAAAUUUUGAAUUUGAGACAGUACUCUCGCGUACGGAUCCCCCGCGGAAUCCGCGGCGGUGGUGAAAGUGGUCGCGCUGCAGUUUUUUUUCCCCCCCCCCGAACUCGUCGAGAAGUGUCGCGAGAACUGAACAAGUCCGAAUCGGCGCGAAAACAAUGUUCUCGGCCCGAGUGAUCUAGGGAUUCAGGAGGUGCCCAGUCGUUGCGCUAUACGAAUUCGCAACAAGUUGCAGAGGAGUGUGCUUCUUACUGAUUUGUUCGCCUCCAUUUCUCCGUUUACGCGUGUGUGUGCGUGGUUUCGUGUGUGCUUCGUGAUCGAGAGGAUUAAUAUGGUGAUGGCCCUGUGAGAAUUGAAUCAGAGAAGGGGUCAUUCUCGACGAUGGUAAUCGAACCUUCGAAUGUGGAACGGACUGUGGUGACGGGCGAUCGCAUUCGAAGGGAAUGUCGUGUGCUGUGAUUGUUAUCUCCAAGGAUCUUCUGCACGGUGACGAGGAAAAAUCCGCGGACGAAUGAGAAGAAUUUGUGGAGGAAAAGUUCGACGAUGAGAGUUUGAGUCGCGGAAAGUGCUUCCAAGAGUGCCUGGUCCUGGCUCGCGCUUUUCGUCGACGGCGAGGGAGCGGAAGACGACGACGGGUGUUGUAAAAAGGAGAAGAAGAGUGGGGCAAGUGUGUCGCUGACACGAGUUGACGCGACGCGACGUGACGUGACGUGACGUGACGUGACGUCGGGGCGUCGAGAUGCUUCGAGAUGAGAUGGCCACCCCCCUUGGAUCCCUCGCGUCUCUUCUCACGCUUCUACUCUAUGCUUGCGGUAGCUGCCAUGCCAGGAUAACCAAUCAGGAAAUCGUGACAAUGACAGAUGCGGAAGCAGUGGCAGGCGGAAUUGCUCAGCUACCAUGCGACGUGAAACCGCCGCUCUCGGGGGACAAGCUGCACCUAGUUAUUUGGUAUAAGGAGGAGGCAGAUGCACCGAUAUACAGCUUCGACACGAGAGGGAGGGACAGCCCGGAUCAUGGGAAUCACUGGCAGGAUCACAGCCUAGAAGGACGCGCGUUCUUCAAGCACUCCGAAACCCCCGCGAAACUCACUCUGGAAAAGGUUCGCGAGAGCGACGCAGCUGUUUACAGAUGCAGGGUCGACUUCAAGCAGUCGCCGACGCGCAACAGCAAAGUCAAUCUAACGGUCAUCAUACCGCCGGAGCAGCUUAGCAUAUUGGACGAGGACGGAAGGUCUCAUAUUCCCCAUUACAUCCUUGGCCCGUACAGCGAAGGAGCGUCUCUCAAUAUCACGUGUGUCGCCGCCGGUGGGCGGCCGCAACCACGAGUGACAUGGUGGCAGGGGACUGCUCUAUUGGACAACAGCUACGAGACCGUGGAUGCUAAAAGGGUCCGGAACGUGCUGCAAUUGGAAAAGUUGGGCCGCGAACAUUUGCGUGCGUUUCUGACCUGUCAAGCCACGAACAAUAACAUGGUGGCACCGAUAUCAAGUUCGGUGUCACUUGAUAUGAAUUUGAAACCGCUCUGGGUCCGGAUUCAAGGAGAGAACCGUCCACUUAGCGCCGGCAAGACCUACGAGAUAGGUUGCGAGGUUGUCGGAGCCAGACCGAGCCCGACGAUCACGUGGUCCAAAGGGAACAUGAUACUGCGAAAUGCACGGGAAACGACGAGUCCCGACGGCAACGUAACAACCAGCAUCCUCACAUUCGUGCCGAGUAUCGAAGACGCCGGAAAGUUCCUCUACUGUCGCGCCAGCGUGCCCGAUAUUCCAGACUCGGAGAUGGAGGAAGGAUGGAAGCUCAAUAUAUUCCACGAGCCUGUGGUUACCCUCGAGCUUGGCAGCAAUUUGAAUUCGAGCGCUAUUCGGGAGGGUAUCGACGUUUACUUCGAGUGCAACAUCAAGUCCAAUCCCUGGGUUUACAAGGUUUCCUGGCGCCAUAACGGCAAUCCGCUGUAUCAUAACCUGGCAACCGGAACGAUAAUAAGUAAUCAGAGCCUGGUGCUGCAAAGUGUCACUCGCAGCAGAGCUGGGAUUUACACGUGCAUCGGCAAUAAUCAAGAGGGCGACGGCGAGAGCAAUCCACUGAACUUGGACAUAAAGUUCGUGCCGGUAUGCCAGCCCGGCCAGACGAAGGUAUUCGGCGUGGCGCGACAGGAGACCGCGAGGAUCCCCUGCGAGCUGGAGGCGAACCCGCCGGAAGUAUCGUUCACCUGGAAAUUCAAUAAUACAAUGGAGGCGGUGGACAUACCUCAGGCGCACGUCACGAGCGACCGUACACGCUCGACAGCCUCCUACACACCGAUGACCGAGCUGGACUAUGGUACUCUCCUUUGCUGGGGCAGCAAUGACCAGGGCACUCAGCUCGAGCCGUGCGUCUACCAUAUCGUGCCAGCUGGCCGCCCGGACACGCCGCACAACUGCUCCUUGUUAAAUCAAACCACCGACUCGAUCUACGUGGAAUGCAUAGAGGGCUUUGACGGCGGCCUGCCGCAAAAAUUCACCAUGCAGGUGGAACGUGAGGCCGGGUCCAGCAAGGGCGGCGGCGGCGGCGGGUCCGCGACUGUCUUCAACCAGACGAGCAAGGUGCCGGUCUUCUCCGUCAGCAACCUCGACCCCGGCAGCAGCUACGAGGUUUCCAUUUACUCCACUAACGCCAAAGGUCGCAGCGAGACCGUGCAUUUUCGCGCCACCACCCUGAAUCUCCCUGAGAGGCGAACAGUAGGUGGGAGGCUGGCGCAACCACCCUCGCCGGAGAAUUGCACGAUCCGGGAGGAGAGCCGGACGACCGUACGGGUGAGCUGCGCCGAGAGCGAGCUCGACUUCGACACGAACACGGCCACCUACGUACUGCAGGUCUUCGACGCCGACACCAGGCGGCUGCUGGCGUCCGCAACGAGCCUGACGCCGAGCAUGCUCGAGGUGACGAAUCUGCCGGUCGAGAGGAGCGGCCUCAUGCUGUCCCUCAGGAUCAUGACGGAGGAGGCCAUGAGCGACGCCACGGUCCUCUUCAGUACGCAUUUUGUUCAGGAGGGUAGUACGAAUAAGGAGCACCACCGUUACCCAGCCCUCACGCCAGUUAUGCUGUCGCUGUCGGGUCCACUAUUGGGCGCGGUGGUGGGUGCCACAGCGGGAUUGCUUCUGGUGAUCUUCGUGAUCGUGCUGGCUGUCAAGCUCCGCUAUCGACCCCGAUCUCAGGAGGACUCUCAUGACGACGGCGGUAUGGCGAACCUGGCGGCAUCGGGGACCGGCGCCUCGUCCCCGCAUGACAAAUCGUCGACCUUGCCCCUCAGCGCCGAUAGCAUCGAGAGCUUCGAGAAGAAUCCCGAUAUAAUACCGCACGCGAACGAGAAUUCAUAUGCGGAAUUAUGCAAAAGUGCUUCACCGCGAUACGUACUGCAGCAGCAACGUCCGGAAGUGAAUACCUUCGCACCAACAAACAACCAGGGAACCGAGUUAACGUACGUCGAAUUAGCAUUAAGGGGAAACCGACGAAUACCUCCGAAUUGCUACCAGCCCGUGCAAAUCUCUAGCCUCCAACGGCCCCAGCUGCUGCCCAUGUCGACUUUGACGCGCAGACAGCCGAUCCAGGAGCCGACGAUUUACGCGCAAGUCGCCAGUCAUUCUAAACCGAUUUACGUGCCGCCGCCACACCCGUACAUGAAUCGUUCCAGCGACGAAACAACGGCGGAGACACCAUUGAUCGGACACGACAAUAAGAUCACUACGAUCAGCCACUCGGGCAGCUCAAUCUGGCGCACCGACCCGCCGCCUUCCUCGAACGCGCCAACGACAUGAUUCCAGCAAGCUGCAUCGUAACUCACGAUUCCAUUUCGCACCUAAACGUCUCUUAAUGUUCUCCCCUGCCCCCUCCCUCCCCCUCCUUCCUCCCGUUCCUCUUUCCUCGAAAAGAAGAAGAAAAUAAAAAAGUACACAUCGAUCCACGUAUAUGUACGUGUUAAGUGAGGAGGUUCUUCGAAGGAGGCGCGCCGCGAUCCUUCACCGGUAGAGAUUGUUAGACCUUUACUACGAGUGUUAUGAAUAGAGGAUUCGUUCGACGAUGAAAGUAAUUAAUGAAAUCGCGCGGAGUAUAUAUAUAUAUACAUAUAUAUACACACACACGUAUAGAUUAUGCGCUUUACCGAAUGAUUUGUGAUAGUGGUUGGUUGGAGACCCGGGGAAAGGAUUGAACUGUUUUUCAGCCGUCCGUAAAAUUCGAGGCGGAGCGAACGCACUAUUUUGAUCCCGUGUGGGCAGAGCCGUUCGCCGUUCCGUCGACCGAUCGAGAAUUCGUUGUAUGGUGAAUGUUAUCGGAGAGCUGGCAAUAAUUACAUGUAAAAAAAAAAAGCGCGCGCCGUUGUUCCGCCGGCGCGGAAAACGGUGAGCUUUUCUGCAGUUUUUAAUUCGUACCUGGAAUAUCCGUGAAUAUUUCUUAUUUGAUUUUUCGUGCAGAAAAAAAGUCGGCUCAAAAUCGAUCAAAAAAUUUACAGCUGAAUGUUUCAGAGCAUCGAGCCUCUCUGCGUAGUAGAGAGAAAUUAUAAUAAUUCUCCUUCUCGUCCCUUCUCCGAAUAAUAAUUUUAUUUUCAAACAAAAUUUAUUUUCAAACCUUUUUAGGAAAUUUAUGUCUAAUUAGUGAAACGUAUAAUGAACAUAAUUGAACCUCAAAAAUUACAAUAUUGAUUUUUAAUUAAUUUUUAAUUAAAAUUACAAUAUUGAUAUUUUUGGACGGGAAAUUGAUGUCCAACUCUUCGAAGUUCUCGUGAAAAGAGGAAUUCUGAUUGUUGAAAAUAUUUGAUACAUUGAUUUUGACGAGUAACCGUAGGUACGAGUUAAAAAUCGAAAUAGCACUUCGCCCGCCUCGGCGUGUAAAUCAAACAACGCCGGUGGAAAUAGAUUGCGAACGCAACGAUUUAGUGUGAUUGGUAGGAUAAAGUUAGUCAAUCGCGCGAUUGUUUAUUGUUUUGAUCAUAUAAACCAGUGUCUUUUGUAUGUAUGUAUGUACCGUCCUACGAACUUUUAUUCGAUAUUAUUUCAAGUAUGAUUUCAAGUGGCUCCAUUUAUAUACUAUUCAAAUUACUAUUUCAAAUUAUUAAAAUUUUAGAUGUCCUAAUUAUCAUUUUAUUAUCAUUGAUCUA